CGUCCACUCUACCGUGCAGGAGCUUUGGUUGUGAGAUAAGUGUGAUGGGCUUCCCGCAUUUGUUUGAUUGACCAUCACAGCAGUCAGAUUGUGGGACAGACGGACAGCUCAAAGAGCAUCACGUUUCCUCCCACCGAGUCAACGCUGUUCGGAUCAUUUGUAGUGACAUUCGCCGAGGAAAGGGAUUUUAGGGAAGAUGGUGUUUGUGGGGUUCGGGGCAGCUUCUCUGGGGUUGGCUCUGGUCAUUGGGUUCUCGUGGGGCUUGAGUGUUCAACCGUUCCAGGGGAGUGAUGUGCUGAAGGAUGUACCUUUAAUCGAUGGGCACAAUGAUCUGGCUUGGAAUCUGUACUUGAAACAUGCGAACAAUCUCAGUGCAUUUCAUUUCGAUCAAGACCUACGAGAUGAUCCAAUAAUGGGAACAGGAGUCUGCGGCACUUGUCAAACAGAUUUGCCACGAUUGGCUAAGGGGAAAAUUGGAGGACAAUUCUGGGCAGCUUACGUCAGUUGUGAUUCUCAAUACAAGGAUGCGAUUCAACUCACACUACGACAGAUUGACGUUAUAAAAAGACUCGUUAAAAAGUACCCGAAUAAUCUCGAGUUUGUGACGGAAGCCGGCAAUAUUGAACCUGUCUGGAAGAGCGGAAAAAUAGCAUCGAUGAUCGGGAUUGAGGGCGGACACCUGUUUGAUUCGAGUCUUGGUGUUCUUCGGCUUUAUUAUGAGUUGGGCGUCCGUUAUGUUACCUUAACGCACACGUGUAAUACUCCCUGGGCCGAUGCCUCUACUGUUAAUGAAGGCUCCGUCUACAAUCUAACAGAUUUUGGAAAGACAAUCGUACACGAAAUGAAUCGCUUGGGUAUGAUGGUUGACCUGUCGCACGUGUCACACAAUGUCAUGAGAGAGGUACUCGCUACAACAAAAGCACCAGUUAUUUUUUCACAUUCAUCAUCUUUCAGUGUCUGCGAUCAUUACAGGAAUGUACCUGACGAUGUCCUUCACAUGGUUAAAAAAAAUAACGGAAUUGUGAUGGUCAAUUUCUACAAUAAUUUCGUCAACUGUAAUGAGACGAAGGAAACCACGAUUGAGGAUGUAGUUGAGCACAUAAAUUACAUAAGAAAUUUAAUUGGACCGGAUCACGUUGGAAUUGGUGGUGAUUACGACGGAAUUAGUGAUACUCCGAAGGGUCUGGAGGACGUCUCGAAGUACCCGAAUCUCUUCAAUCGGUUGUACGACCGUCGAGAGAACGAGCCCGAGUGGAGCCGCGCAGACCUCGAGAAACUCGCGGGUAGAAAUUUGAUCCGUGUUUUUGGUGCAGUCGAAGAGGUGCGAGACGCAUUGGCAACUAUUCCUCCCAGUGAUCGCGUUAUUACUGGACAGGAGUUGUACAUCGCCCAGAGGCGAGAGGGAUUGAAACCCGGUGCAUGUCAAACUGCAACUGAGUGGGAGCAGGUGGACAUGACCAAAGUUUAAAUACCGAAGUGUUAAUACCAAAGAAGCGGCGUCCAAAGGAUCAUCCGUUGAAUCGUCGUGUGCAUUAAGUGCCCGUAAAAUUUAUUGAAUGAACUUUGAUGUGGAGUGUAGAAGGUUUUUAUGCGAACAAUAUCUUCACAGUAUUUUAAUAAAUUUUCAUUCUUUUUUCAAUGAA